GGUGGGGACUUUUAAAGAGUUUCCCAGGCACCAGUAUAAGCGUCUCACGCUCAUAACACGCCGUACAGGAGUUCGACUGACAUCUGUUGAAGAUUUCUCAUUCCUUAUUUCGCACAAAGAAGCUCACAGACAUGGGGAAAGGCUGCAUCACGGCGACCAAGUACUUCCUGUUCCUCUUCAACCUCCUGUUCUUCAUUUUCGGGGCCCUGAUUUUGGGGUUUGGACUAUGGAUGCUCCUGGACAACCAGAGCUUCAUUGCUGUUCUACAGGAAGCCUCCACAUCUCUGAAGGUGUGUUCCUACAUCCUGAUUGGCGUGGGCUCCCUGACCAUGGUCAUGGGCUUCCUGGGCUGCCUCGGGGCCGUCUAUGAGCUCCGCUGCGUGCUGGGCCUGUACUUCACCUGUCUCCUGCUGAUCCUCAUCGCCCAGGUGGUGGCCGGAGCGCUCAUCUACUUCCAGCGGGAUGUGCUGAAGACCGAGAUGUCCAACAUCAUGAACAAGGUCAUCGUGGACUACACCGGGCAGAACCGCACCACGGACGUGGCCUGGGACUACAUCCAGAGGACGAUUAAGUGCUGUGGGUGGACUGGUCCCGGUAACUGGUCUGAGAACACUGUGAUAAGGAACAGCUCCCAGCCACUGUACCCCUGCUCCUGCCGAAACUCGUCCCAGCCCGGGGUGGACGUGAAAAACGGAGGUUUCUGCGAGUCCCUGUCCACGGACUUGCCCGUUUACAGCACGGGCUGCGCCUCCAGCGCGGAGAAGUGGCUGGUCAGCAACGGCGGGGUCAUCCUGGGCGUGUGCGUCGGGGUGGCAGUCAUCGAGCUGCUGGGAAUGAUCCUGUCCUUGUGCCUGUGUAGGAGCGUACACCAGGAGGAGUACACCAAAGUGCCCAAGUACUGAAGCUGAAGACUAAGGAACCCCACCCAAAAUCACACCCCAAUCCACUGCCACCCUCGCCCUCUCCUACCUGUCUGUGCCAAUCCACCCACCCUCAGAGACCCAAAUAAGAGAUCUCUCACUCUCUCUCUGUCUUAGCCACACCAAAUCCUCAGCUCGGAUGUUCACGAGCCAAACACAAAUAGCGAUAUUUGGGACAUUUGUCAUACCAUUAAAGAUUAAAGCAAAUGUCAGCAACAGUUUACUUGUUAAUGUUGGGGUGUCUGUGUCAAUGCAAGAUGUACUCAAAAGAGAGCGUUCUUUUUGAGCAAGUUUAAAGCCAGUUUAGUACACACUUUGCCGGGUUCACGGGGUUCACGUCCUAGUAUUUAUGUUGAGGCAGAAAGUUCAUAUGCAAGUUUACAGUGAUAACAUUUUAGUCUUUUUCUGACCUGUUAGAACAGUGGGCCAGAUAAUGCUGAUCCAAGAUUGUGAGAGAGUCAGAGAUUACCCAGCAGGGAUCAUCGUCCUUUUCCAAAAUAUUAUUUUCAUUUCUAAAUAUGAAAAUGUAGUACGUUAAUUUGUUUUGUUCUGUUUUCCCGUUUUGUUUUUUCAUUGGCAGCGCUUCUUAAUUUAGUUAUUAGUUUCAUUUUCCCUGAGCACUUUAGCGAACGGUUGUGAGAUGUUGAUCAGUGACGCGGAAGCCUGGGGAGGGCCAAGACUGCAUAGCGAGGAAGGCGAGGGCAAGGGUUCAGGGGUCAGGGGUCAGAGGCACCCUGAUUCAGGGUCUCUUUAUGGUACAGUGUCCCAAAAAUGUCUUAAGUAUUUUUAGUUUCAUGGGGGGGUUGGGGUGUUGGGUGUGGGGGUGGGGCAGUGCGAGGGGGCAGGCCUUGGAAAUGGCAGGGUGGUAGAGUGACUGAGUUUUUUGUGGCAUUUCCAGCAGACCGGUUGCUCCCGUCCGGUGGUAUAUUAGGCCCAGGUCAGCCACCCCACAGGAACAGCAGGUUGGCCAGACAUUAAAGCUGUUCUGCUGCCUCACAGCACAGAGCCUCCAGUCUGCCACUGGCCCAUCUGGGCCUAAAAAAAAAAAAAAAAAACAUUGCUGCCCCCUGUGGGCUCAGAACGGAACUGCAGGUCCUGCAGUCAGGCAACCUCAGCCGUGUAAGUGGCCCCCACCCCCAGCUGCUCCUGUCCCAUUCUGGCUCGGUCCCAGCCGGUCUCUGAAAGAAUUAGCAUACCUUAAACAAUAAUUUCCCAUGGAGUUUGUGCAAAAAAUGAUGUGCUUGACUUGUUUUGUAUGUGCUUUUUUUUGUUGGUUCUGUUUCUUUUUUUAAUAUUGUAUAUAUAUUUUAGAUUAGAAAUGAAUGAUCAUCUGAUCAGACGGACAGCACGGUCAGGAUUUUAUAAAUGGGAAAGGCAUUUACCCGCCUUCUUUUGUUUUUUUUUUAAGGGGGGAGGGGGGAAAGCUAUUGUUCUUACUCCACACUUUGGCUGGUUCAGUGUAUCGUCAGCAGUAUUUGAAGUAAAGUCAUAAAUACGAGCCAAGCUGUCUAGCUGCCAGUGGGAAACCAGCAGUGGAAAUUAAUCUGGUGCUCCCAAACAUUUCCUUCCAUCGAAGCCAGCAAACCUCACAGCGUCAAGCUUGCAUUCCAGCUCUUCCCACAGGUAGGCAGUCAGUCAGGUUUGGCCGCAACGCUACUGGCCUUUUAACAGUGCACUCACAGAUCUUGCCUCUAGUUCACAAGAAAUUUGAUACCACAAGGGAGGCUUCCCCUGGAGCCAAGAUGGCAGCUUUACCAAAACAGUUUGUUUAUGCUUCCAGUAUUUUUCUGAUUCAUUUCUGCUGUCUACUCAUAAGACUAUUCAUUGGAGAAAGAUUGAAUGGUAGUGAUUUGUGUGAAAAGCGCAUGAAUACAUUUUAGGGGAGUAGAAUCGCUUCCUGGGUAAAAAAUGGAACGUGGCCAGCUGAGAUUAAGGUCUGCUGAAACUAAUUACUGGGGAUCUGAAUUUGUGUUCAGGUUUUCACUGAAACCAAAAAGAUUAAAACCUUAAAAGUUUGCCGCUUCAAUUUGAUCCAUAGCGCAAGUCAGCGAUUUACAUUUAUGCGUUACAUAAACAUACUUAUUGAACGUCUUGGUAAUCAAGUGGAUCAGUUCUCAGGUAAUUAAUGUGUGUCCUGUGGCUGUUCUUCUUGAAAGAGGUUAUAGCUUGGGUUUUUGACGGAAAAAAGGCCAUUGGAUGGAUAAUGCGGAUGGCAAUGACUCAAACCUGUAUUCAGCUAAAGUCUCUGUAAAGAGCAAGUCUUGGAAGCAUUUAAAUGUGUUUUUUUCCACGUGGAAUGAAUGUGCUGGAUUUUAUUUCAGCCCAUUUCUCAAUGUAAAUUGUAAGGGCCAAGUCCUGGAAGAUCUUUUCUAGAAGUUUCUCUGCUUAUUGUUUUUGAGGUGGGAAUAAAUCCAGUUUUCACCCUAAUUGUCAGAACUUUAUGAAACAUAACGAGAUUAGAAGUGUUUCUUGUAGUAAAAUAGUCGUUAGGUUUUAGUUUAGGGCUUUUGUUAUCAUUUGCUUUACGUUUUAUUUUAAAAAUGGAAAAAAAAAAUGUUUUCUUUAUUUUUAUUAUGAGAUCUAUUCUCCUGAGUCUAGGAAUACUUUGAAAGCAUAGAUCACCCUUAAUAAACUCCUGUGUAUUUUUUGUUUGGUAGAUCGACUGUUAUAAUAAAGUGAACUCACACCAA